AUGGCAGCUAACCUAGAAACAGCAAUACGAAAAAUAAAAGACACAACCCAAGACAUAGGAAAAAAUAUUUAUGACCACAUUAACAUACCACCAAAGAACACGUGGAAAUGUUUGUUAAACGAUGAUGAUAUAAAGCAGUACGAACAACUUGUUAUCAAGAAAAAGUACCCAUAUUUGGACUUCAAGGAUGUAGAAAUAAAAUUAAAUCCUAACAAAAACAUAAGGCAUAAUCUAAGAGAUGUAUCCAAUUUUAACGAGCCCAAUUCAUGUGAUACAAAUGAAGAGUCAAUGAAUGUGGAAAUAUUUAAUCGAGGAGUUCAAAGUAUGGAAUUACAGUGUAAAGUUCAAAAUUAUGAUUGGGGAAAGUUAGGUGCAGAUAGUAUGGUAGCAAAACUGGUCGCUUCUGCGAAUUCCUCGUAUGAUAUUGACUCUUCAAAGCCGUACGCUGAGUUGUGGAUGGGUACCCACCCUAAUGGUCCAUCAAUUAUAAUUGACAGAGGUGUUGCUUUAUCAGAAUACUUGAAAACCAAUGUAGACGCUAUUGGGCCAGAAGUUAGAAGAAAAUUUGAUGUAUCUGUGCCUUUUUUAUUAAAAGUACUAUCCGUUAGAAAGGCUUUAUCUAUACAAGCUCAUCCCACUAAGGAACAUGCAGAAGACCUCCACAAAAACUUUCCAGAUCUAUACAAAGAUCCAAAUCACAAACCCGAGCUUGCUAUUGCUCUUACACAUUUUGAGGGGCUCUGUGGCUUCAGACCAUUGUCUGAAAUUAAAACUUUUCUUAUGAAGCUGCCUGAAUUGACAGAUAUCUUAUCAGAGGAUAGUGUGAAUGCUCUACUUGCUCAUAAUGCGGUGAAUGAUAGUACAAGCUUAUUAAAAGAUGUCUUUCAGUCUUUAAUGACAUGUGACAAGAAUAAAAUAUCGAACAGCCUGGAGUCAUUAUUACAGCGACUUGAAACUGAAGAUGAAUCAACACAAUCGUUGCUUCUAUACCCGCUUCUGAAGCAGUUACAUGCUGACUUCCCAGGAGAUGUGGGGUGUUUUGCUCCAUACUUUAUGAACUAUAUGCAACUGCGGCCUGGGCAAGCGAUAUUCUUGAAACCAAACCUGCCACAUGCUUAUCUAAGUGGAGACUGUGUUGAAUGUAUGGCCUGUUCCGAUAAUGUGGUAAGAGCUGGUCUCACCCCAAAACAUAUUGAUGUGCCAACCCUGAUCGGAAUGCUGGACUACACCAGCUAUAAGCCAAGUGAGAUGCUCUUUACUCCACAAAUGGAAGAUGAAAACAGCUGCAUUUGGAGACCACCAGUUCCUGAUUUUGCUGUUGUUAAGAUAAAGGUUGAAAACGGAGAUUCCUACAACACAAUAGUUCGGUCUAGCCCGAGCAUUCUUAUAGUAAUAUCGGGUUCUGGAGAAGUCUGUGACACUGAACCAAUAGCUGCUAAACCAGGAGUGGUCAUCUUCUUGAAAGCAAGUCGUCAGUUGACCUUUACUCCGGCACCAAAUAGCCACAUUGAGGCUUAUCAGGCUAUUUGCAAUGUUUGA